UAUUUUUUUAUGUAAAGACUUUCAAAAAAGUAUUUUUUUUCUCCCACGUUUCAUUUAAAUAUUUUAGUUCCUCUUAUAAUAAAAAUUUAUAUUUCUGUUUAAACAUUUAUUUAUUUUUCAGAUUUAUUUAUUUUUAUUUAUUUAAUUUUUAAUUUAUAAAAAUUAUUUAAAAAUUUAUUUAAAUUUUUAUUUUUAAACAUUUAAAUAAAUUUAAUUUUUUGUCAGUCGAAAGCUAUCUCAAAUUUACUCCAAUUCUCUUUUUGUUUAUUAGUUAUCAAUUGUUAUUUUCGCUUUCUUCAAUUAUUGAUAUUAUAAUCAUUUUGUUAUUUAAUCAAAUAAUACCGGACUCGAUCUUCUAAUUGGGAUAAUCUUAAUUAAGCUAGGGUAGCGAAGAGAAAGAUCCAGCUGGCUAGUAUUUAAAACGCUUACAGGCGGAGGUUUAAUAACUAUUAAAGAGGGGGUAAACGCCCGGUAGUUCAGUCGAUAGAGCACUUGUACGUGUGAACGAAAGUGUUUAACAAUAACUGCUAGAAGGUCACAUGCGCGAUGCCUGCCUGGGAUUAACUUUACCUCGCUCUUACUCUCUAAGAUGGGACGCUUACAGAAUUUAUAUUCGACUAGUUAUUUAUUCGUCUCGUUAAUCUAUUAUUAUCAAGUCCCGCAAAAAUACUCAGGAUUCCUUGAAAAUAUAACUUAACCGGUCCAUGCUUGUGGUUAACUUUUUCUUUUUUAUUUUUAUCAGUUUCCGUCAAAUCUUGGAUUUUUAAUUUUUUCCCCAAAUAUAUCCACCUAUUUUCUCCCCACUCCUUUUCUUCUUUUCAAUUUUCUCAAUUCCAAUGUUCAACGAUCAAAAAGAAAUAUUCUUCACUCUUUUAUCCCUACAAAUCCUUCUUAAUUUCCUUAACUGAUUUAAUCAUUUUUUCUUCUUCUUCAAUUUAUUUUUAAAUUUUACAACAAAAAUUUCUUUGACUCUAAAUAAUUUAUUUAUUUUUUUAAACUUUUUUUAAUUAAAAAGAUUUUUUCCCAAGCACUGAAAAUUAAAUUUUAUUUUAAAAAUAUUGCUAAAAUAAUUUUUUCUUUAUUUUUAAAUUAAUCACAUGAUUUUCUUUUAUUUUUCCAUUUAAAAAUAUAUUUUUAAAAUUACUUAAUCCACGAUUUAUUUAAAUCGAAUGGCAACACGUUUUCCGUUUUUAGCUGUUAUUAUAACACGUGGAUUUAUUAAUAAAAUAAAUACAUAUACCGUAAAUGCUCAAAUAAUUACACGGGGGAAUUAUUGUUUGGACCUUGCAGUUGAGGAGGUAAUUAAUCGAGAGGAGUUGCGCUAGAUUGUGUUGUAUCUCAAUAAAUCGAGG